UUACUAUUGCUUCCCUUUCGCUGGGUUGAGCAUACCACCUAUACCGUUCAAGUAUUCUUGAAGCGCUUUCCUCUAUAAUGGUUUCAUACAUUUUUUCUGGACAGGAAACAAGUUUAGUCUGGUUUCAUUACUUCUAUACAUGAAUACAUGAUCUUACUAAUAUACAGAACUAAGACUACUACUUUUCCCCAAUGCCAACCAUCUAAGCAUCAAUGUUUUCCUGCAGGAAAGGUUCUUAUCUUGUUGAUGGAUGAUAGAAUGAUACUAGGGACAUUGCGCUUGUUCGAUAAGCUUGCAAAUAUUGUUCUUCAACGUGCCUGUGAAAGAGUAAUUGUUGGUGAUCUUUACUGUGACAUCUCAUUAGGUCUAUAUUACAUCCAGGCCGUUAGUAUAGACAUGAUUGGAGAACUGGACAUAGAUAAGGAAGAUCUUCCUCCACAUAUCACGCGUGUUUCGGAAGCAGAAAUUAAACAGGCUCAAAAGGUCGAAAGAGAAGCUAAUGAACUGAGACAAAAAACGAGAAAGCUAAUGCAGUCAUAUCCUUGAUUCUAAUUGAUCACUUUUUGAGCUCUAUCAAGACAUUUGUUAUGUAGCAUUCUGAAAAGAUUUUACGCCCUUCAUCCACAAAUAUUAUCGUGUGGUGAUCAGUCUAUACAGUAGGGUUGAAGUGAAUGGGAUAGUGCAAUACUCUGAUCUUCUGAGCUCUAGCAUUUGAGUAGAGCAGUAUAUGUUAAUCUGUAUAUGAUGGUGCAUUUUAUGAUUUAUCCCCCUUUUUUACAUAGCUCAUUCUUGUAAAUCACCGAUCAAUGGUCCAAUAUUUGGUUAUUGGUACAGAGCCUUGUUUCUGUUAUGGCGCACUUCGCUACUUAUUGUAACAAAGAUACUUUAAAUCAUGCUUUUAUAUGUAGUUUUGUUUUCUUUA